AUGGGAUGGUGGUCGGAAAACUCGUGGCAUUGGAAGUUGGAGAACUCAAGGAAUGCACUGAAUGCUGAGGCUGCUGCAGAGGUGGAAGAGCUACAACAAAUUUUGACUAAAGUAGCUCCAAAAAGAUUUGUUCCGGAUGGAUUCUCCUGGCCGAUUGGUGGUGAAAGGGUAUAUGUUGUUAGAGAUUAUUACCGUAAAUUGAUUAUGGGAGUGGAUGUGAUGGAGGUUCAGGUAUGUGUAAAAGUUGCACUGAAAGUGCUGUGGCAUUCAUGGAUGCCUUCCAAGGUGAAAAUAUUCGGGUGGAGACUAUUGCAAGACAGAUUAGCAACACGUGAGCAGCUGGUCAAAAGAGGUAUUUUAGAGAAUGAUGAAAGGUGUUUCUGUGUGUUUGGUUGCUCGCAGGAGGGAGAUAUACGACAUCUCUUUCUAGACUGUGAUGUGGCUCGAAGGGUGUGGGAGAAGGUUGCGAAUUGGCUAGGCUUGGAUCAAGGGUAUGCUGGUGACUGUUGCAGUUAUUUAAAGCAGAUGGUAGAAAGGAUGAGUAAACUUUGUUCUGUAAGGAGAGCAGCAGUGAUAUGGAUGUGUACAUCAUGGUGUAUAUGGAAGCAGCGAAACGAUGUAAUAUUCGAGAAUGGGGUACGAGACAUUGAUGAAAUAUUCCAUAAUGUGCAGAUGUAUUCCUGGUGGUGGCUGAAUAUAGGCAACAAGCAGAAAGUUUUUUGUUCCUUCUAUGAAUGGAGACAUAGCCCAAUAAAUUUUAUGUAA